GUUUGUUAUUAUGUGCCGUAAUAAAUCAUUAUGUUGUAUGAGACAACUUGUUUUUAAACCUUGAAGUCCGGUAAUUCACAAAGGUUUAUAACAACUUGUUACAUCUAAAAUUUUAGCUGUUAAAACUCAAUCCUUAUUUUUAUUAUUAUUUUGUUAGGGGUAGAGAAUGUUAUAUUUUUAAUAACUUUCGCCUAUAGGCUGGGAUUUUUAUUUGUUUUGCUGUUAAGGUUUUCUUAUAAGCAUUACACUUUUAGGCUCGGAGGAGAAUUUUUUAAGCAUAUCUUAAGCAUAUUGCCCAGCCUUGGUGACUCCUUUUGAUGUGUUUUUUUCGUUUUAUGGGUAUUUUAAGCAGAUUCUUUUUUUUUUAUACCUACCAAGAUUAAUUAAGACCACUAUACUGUCUACACUUGCCUCGUGUUUCUAUACCUUUAUUUUAUUGCUGUUCUUUUAAGGGUAAAUUUUGAGCCAUUUCAUCUUUAAAUGAAAAAAAAUUUGCGUAAAGUAUCAAGACUUUAAAGUAACCUUCAAUUAAAGCUAGCCACUUGUAAGACCCAAUUGGAAAUAUAAACUCGCUGCUACUUUUUCUGGAAUUGACACAAUUUCUUACCUUAAUUCUGUUAAGUUAUCCUUCAUUUAAUGUACAGGAAAUAAAUUAGAAAAAUGAGAGUUUGACUGAUAUAUAAAACCAAAGAAAGAAAAGGUCAUUGUUAAACUUUAGUUAAAGCAUUCUUUCUUGUGUUACUUAUGUUAUGUCGAAUUUUGUGUUAGUUUCAAACAUUUGAGUAGGAAACAUUCGAAAUCUCUUUUUUUUAACGAGAUAACGGGUGCGUAUAAUAUUAAAAUGUUUCGAAGUUUAGAGCAUUUUUAAUUUACCAACUACACGAGUUACAUAUUGACUUAAUAGUGUGAGCCCGGUAAGUUUAAGCUUAAGCCAUUGAUGUGAACCAUGCGAGAAACCUUUCUAUUAAAGUCAUAGUUAUGAUUUGAGAAAAUUGUUUAACCGUUUGCAAUGGUUGAGCACAUGAAAAUAAUACAACAGGCGUGUAAAUGAUACAACAUAUCGACAACAAACAACGUAUUUCACCUUUGCAGAAUUUAUCUUUUAUAACCAUAAUCUGAAAAGUCUUAAAAACGCUUGUUAUAUGUUAAUGCUUGCAAAUUUUAACGUCAUGCUACCAAUAUAGAAUUGCUUGCAUGUUUCUUUACUGAUAUUGCACCUUCUACAAUCGUUCACAAAAAACUUACAUAACUAAUUGUGUCUUCAAAAUAGGAAUACAUUAAAAUAGCUAGUUAUUAAACAAAAAAGGAAAGUUUGAAGAGUCUAAAACAUCCUUCCUAAAGUCUUUUUCCCUUUUCCCCUUUAUAUUAUUCUUAACGAACCGAAAUUAAGUAAAUGAAAUAACUAUUAAGUGUUUGAAUAAUUUUAUUUUUAUCGAAAAGUAUCAAUAUUAUUUACGUGACACUUUGCUUUUCCUUUAAGGAGUAAAUGAAUUUUCCCAGCCUAAUACAAUAAUCAUGCUUUCAUUCCUUCAAAUACGUGGAAGGAUCUACAGGACUACGUAUAAUUACUUUAGGAAGGACUCCAAUUAAAACGUGGUGAUUAACAUUGGUAUGAACAAUUUCGACACCGUCGUCGUUAUAAUAAUAGCCUUUGUAUUUAAAAUGGUGGCCACAGGGUGCACAAAAUAACAGCCCCGGAAUGUAAAAGACAGCUACGUCUAUCAUAUGCAAGCUAACAAUCAGUAUUCAAUAAUUCUUAUUGGAAACAAAUUUGUUAGAUUGCACUCUAUGUUGUUAUAACAUGAAAAAUACAACAACUUCAGAUAAUGGGAAAAUAUGUCAGAGCUAUAAAUAAUUUUGCCUAUUUCAAUUACGGGGCUAAUUAUUAAUUCAGUGUAUUUAAACUUUAAUUAAUUGUAAUGGCAAGAAAGAUUUUCUUAUUUUUCAGUUGUGAUGCUUUGCAAAUCUAAAAUAUAAAUAAAAAUAAAAAUGAAUAAUAUUUUUUGUGUUAUUUGAAUCUUGUUUUGUCUUUUUUGCAAGUGAACCUGUUUCACGAAAGAAAAUUUUAAUAAUCAAGAACUAUCUGGCCUAACGAAACCGACGAACUUAUUUUGCCGCUAAAUAAUAUUAGUUUCUUUUGGGUCUAGAAAAUAUCUAUAACUGCAAUCCUAGAAUUCCAUAAAUUUGCUACUGAUAAAUGUCCAUUGAAGCAUUGUGCAUGAAUAAUCCUUAUAAGUUAUCAAUUGUCAUUUUUUGUGCCUUACGUGGCUUCCAUAAAACUCGAAAAGCAAGUUAAUAAUUAUAUAAGCAUUGAUUCCGCAUUUCUUGAUCUAUUCCUGUUAUAUUUGUCAUAUUUUAUAUAAGUAACAUUUCUACACAAAUUUUAUAGACAACUAAUUGACAUCCAAGCAUAAAACUUUUCCUUCCUUAUGAUAAUGAUUGGAGGUAAAAAUCAGUAAACAUCCUAAUGGAAAUGACUGGACGAAAAUACAAUUGGGUACGAAACAAUUGAAAUCGUAUAAAUAAGGCUGAAUUCCACGUUUUACUUCACAUUACUUUUUGCUUACAUCUGGAGAAAUAUACACAGCAUUAUAAAACACAUGAUUUGUCAAGUAACAAUGGAAACAUGUGCACUAUUAAAGGGAUUGUUAAUAUCCUUGCUCCUUAUAACUACAACGACAGGUCAAGUGUUUAAUCCUGGAGAUACCUUUGCGAAUUGUAUUAACCCAAACCCUACUGCUUUUUGCAAAUCAACGUUGCCAUUUCGGUCAGUUGAUGGAAGCUGUAACAAUCUUGCCAGGCCAACAGAGGGAGCAAGAAACACAGCAUUGGCUCGACUUCUACCUGCUGAUUACGUGGAUGCAGACAAUCUUGAUACACCUCGUGGAUUUCCUGGAACAUUACCACGUGUUCCUACAGCGCACGAAGUCUCGCGAGCAGUGUUUAGCGUUCAAACCGAAAACACACAAAGAUCAUCGUUGUCAACAAUGUUUAUGGCAUUUGGACAAUUUCUCGAUCAUGAUUUUGGAUACACAAGUCACCCCUCUUGCGAUGUAUCUGCAGGAUGCGGGUCCAUAAAAUCCUUUACUUACCCAUGUUUUCCACUCCUAAUCCGAUCGAAUAGAGACAACUGUACAUCCCUAGCAAGAUCAGUUCCUGUAUGCCAACCUACAUCUCAACCACGAACCGCGAGAGAACAACUAAACAUCAUCUCUUCUUAUGUCGACUUGUCCCAGGUGUACAGCAACGAUAUAAUUGUUCACAAACAAUUGAGAGCAUUGGAUGGUACUGGGUUGUUGAGAGUCACUUCAUCAAAUUUGCUGCCGAUAAGGCUCUUGUCAUCGGAUCCACAAUGUGGAAACCCGGGCGGAUGUUCAUUGGUUGGUGAUGACAGAGGAGACGAGAACAUUGUGUUAAACACCUUGCAUACCAUAUUUGUCCGAUAUCACAACCACAUAGCCAAACAAUUAAAAACAUUGACUGGAUCUACGAGUGAAACUUUCCUUUUCGAGACAGCCAGAAAGAUAAAUAUUGCCAUUUAUCAACGUAUUGUUUACAACGAGUUUCUUCCCCCUCUUGUUGAUUUAGAUUCAUACAAAGGUUACAAAUCAUCAGUGGAUGCUAGCAUAACUAACGUAUUUGCAACAGCGGCCUUUAGAUUUGGUCACAGUUUAGUUCCAAACUCCUGGGCACAACUCGACAAAAACUUUAAUCGGGCUUUCAACGAUAUUUCUCUCAGAGCGUCCUUUCAAAACACUCGUUCAAUUCGCCGUCGAGGCAUUGAGCCAACCGCAUUUGGUUUAUUGGCAAAUCGAUCACAAGGAGUUGAUACAAGUUUUGCUUUUGGAAUAGCCCGCAGGUUGCUUGUACCCCUUGGUGAAAGAAGACUUGAAGAUUUGACAGCUUUAAACAUCCAGCGAGGACGAGAUCAUGGUUUAGGGACUUACGGAGCUUGGAGACGAAGAUGUGAAUUGCCGGCUAUAAACACCUUCCAAGAUCUGGUGGGAAUAAUGUCUAAUUCAACAAUUAGGAAUUUCGAGACAGUGUACAACAAUCCGAAUGACAUUGACAUAUUUGCAGCUGGUAUUGCAGAAAGACGCACCAACGGAAAAAUGCUUGGACCAACCUUCCAAUGUAUCCAAAAAAUCCAAUUUGAGCGGUUUAGAGAUGGUGAUCGAUUUUGGUAUGAAAAUCCUGGCGUUUUCACUCCAGAUCAGCUGAUUGAAAUAAAUAAAAUGACAUUGUCAAAGGUAUUAUGCAACACGUUAAAUGGUAUUGUUUCAAUCCAAACAAGAGCAUUAAGAGCUUUUACUUCCAAUACGAAUCGAAGAGAAUGUGGUGGUAUUGCGGAUAUUGAUUUUAAGAAAUGGCUCAGCAACUAAUUAGCUCAUAAACAUCCACAAACAUCUACUUUGAAAGCCGGUGCAAUAUGUUAUUAAAACUUUAAUAAUAGGAAUCAUUUCUAACUUAUUUUGUGAAUUCUAUGUUGAAGUACAAAGCGGAUUCUUUUCUAUAGUCUUUAAAUACAGUGAUCAUUUUAUUUUAUUGCACGCAACUUUACAUGUUUGUUCUUCUUUUAUAAGGUUUCGUGAUUAUUGUGUUUUACAAAAUUUUAGAUCAGAUUUAAUUACUAAAGUUACUUCAAAAUUAUAAACCUUUCUAAUUAACUUUUUUUCUUUUUUAGCGAAGCUAUACUUUAUUUAUAAUAAACUUAUUGUUGGAUAUGAUGUGUUUUUUAAAUAACAUGUUUCAAUGCACUGAAUACUUUGCUAAUUUCCAUGGUCUUGCUAGGUCAACCUCUUAAGUAAACAAACUGACGAAUUUUUUCCCCUCAACCGCGCGAAUGUUAGCACGCGUUAAUUUCACAUGCGGGUAAAUUAAGUGAUACAUUAGUUUUGUGACUGUCUCAAUCUUCAAAGGUUGAUUUUGUAAGAAACCGCAAAAUUAUUCAACAGUUUUGUUCACCCAUUUUGCAUUACUCUUACACCUCAUCUUUGCUGGUACGAUCUUUUCCCAAAAUGUUCUUCAAAAUUUUUAUAAGUCGUCCGCAGGAAUGAAGUGGUGUCGUUAUAUAAUUCAACCCUUUUCCUUGAGAAGAAAAAAAAGCAACCUUAAAAGGAAUAAUAGUUUUUUACUCAACCUUUUCUAAAUCGCCUAGACCUUUCUAAAAUUUCCUAAAUUUCCCUAAAUCAUUUUAUUAUUUUAAUAUCUCAUUUACUCACGAACAAUUAUCCAAGAUGAGAAAUUCAGUCAUUAUAUACAAUAUUAAAAUAUACACAUUGUUGCUAGCUGUUAAUGUUAAUAUUCGUCGUGUUCAAAUAAACUUUUAAUAUUUUCCAAAUAUUAUAAUUUUUAUCAUUUAAUAUGAUUUUAAAUUUCGAAGCGUGUAUGAAAAUGUUGAGGGGUCUACACAAGUCAUUAUAAAACAAUAAAGAGUAAUGGAGCAUGUGCCACACCUCUUUAGUUUUUGAUUUUUGACGCCUUGAGUUUCUACUCUUUGUAUUCUAUUUAAUAUAUAGUCCGAGAAAUACAUAAAUUUUUGUUCUUGUAUACCAUAAAGAGGUAGCUUGUUUAGCAAAACGUUAUGACUGAUUGUAUUUAGUCCUUUUGUUAAAUCAAAAAAAGCUAAUUCAAA